CUCCUCGUCCACAUCAACCAGUGAUUAACCAUGGCGCCUCGCGAGACUAUUAUGGCCAUCUUCCUUGCGCUCUUACUUUCUUCGGGCGUGGCGAGAGCCAGGUCAGUGAGGAAAAAUCUGGGUGUGAGCUUGGGGGGCGGCGUCGGGCUCGGCGUCGGCCUGGGGCUUGGCCUGGAUGGUAGCACCGGCACCGGCUCCGGCUCUGCUUUUGCUUCCGGCUCAGGCGCCGGGACGGGCUACGGUGCAUGGUCCGGUCCUAAUGGGGAUUCUUAUGCUUCGUCUGGCAAUGGCGUUGGGUUUGCUUCCGGUUCUGGGAACUGUGGCCACGGGUGUGGUUAUGGUCAGGGCUCAGGUGCAGGGUCGUUUGCUGCCAAUGGCGGCGAUUCGGCCGCUGGCAGUGCCGGCAUUGGGUCCUCCUAUGGUGGUGGAUCCAAUGUUGUCGGUUCCGGUGCUGGCUCAGCUUUUGGUUCUUCUGCCGGUGGAGGAUCCUUUCGUGCGCCUGCUGGUGGCUCGGCUGCUGGCGACGGAAUCGGGUUUGCUUCUGGUUCAAACCGCUGUGGCUCUCGCUGUGGCUCCGGUGCGUCGUCUGCCGCAGGUGGAGGUGGAUCGAUCGCCGGCGGUGGCUCCACCUACGGUGGCGGAUCCGAUGUUGUCGGUUCCGGUAGUGGCUCAGCCGCUGAUUCAACCGCCCGUGGCGGAUACUACACUGCUCCGAGCAGGGGCAGAGCACGCUCCGGCCCGGACUGCGACUCGUCCUCGCCAUCAGGUGGCGGCUCGCAGGCGGGCUCCAAUGCUUUCUCCGGAUCACAGAGUGGAUCUUAUGGCGCGUCGGGCGAGGGCUCGAGCUCCGGUUCUAGUUCUGCCGCCGAAUCCGGUUCCAGCUCCGGCUCGACCUCAGGGACGCAGGGCUCCGGCGCAUGGUCCGGUUCCGGCAGCGGCGCGAGUUCUACGUCAGGCUCGAGCUCGAGGGCAGGCUCGGGGGCCUCUGCUGAAGCGGGAUCAUAUGCUGCUUCAGGAGCAAUCCCCGGCUCCGACGGAGCUUCAUACGCGGCUUCCAACGCCGGCUCUUCAUCGUCGUCAUCCGUCUCCGGAUCAGGGUCCAGCUCGUGGUCUGCUUCCGGUGGAGCAUCAACGUCAGCUUCCAAUGGCGGAUCUGGCUUUGGUUUCGGUCCUUACAAUCCAUGGACUGGUUCCAAUGGGAGAUCAUCCAGUGGCGCAGUAGGUCAUGGAUUUGGCGGUGGGUAUGGCUUUACUCAGGGUCGAGGCUACGGGGCUGCGUCUGGUUCAGGCUACGGCGAGGGGUCUGGUUAUGGAUCAGGGUUUGGCUCCGGGGGUGGCCGCGGUUGACGAAGACGCAUCGGAGGCCUCGACCAACGCAUGCAUGGAUGGGUUAAUAAGCGUGAACAUUGAUAUCUCUACGUUCUUUUGCUUCUGCAUGUGUCGUUCUCGGUUAUGUUCUUUUCCGUUUAUUCUCCUUUCAAUCUUCAGAAAGCUUUGCUAGAACACGUGUGA